CUCUCGGGUCCAUCAUCUUGCAUUUGUUGGUGGAGGUUAUAUCAAUCCUGUGACGUCAUUCUCAUGAGGUCCUCGCUGGCCCUCAACCCAUAGUGUGACGGAGAGUCGCUCCCCGUCACUACCACUUUGAACUUUGUGUAUUAACGAUUGACAGUACUGUAUCUGAUCGUGGAGCUCCUCAUAGCUAGCCAGCUUUCUUUUUGAGUGCCCAAACUCAUCCAACGCAUACAACUCUGUCUCGUCAAAACACCAGAAUGCCUCCUAUACCCAUCCACACUUCGAGCCCGAUAAACGCGGCCAAAGCACAGGGGACAACUCCUAAGACAGCAAACUCGGAGGCUCAACCAGUUCAAGCUGGUUCUAUCAGGCUGACGGGGCCAGAACUCUCCCCGACCAGCGCUCAACCAUAUCCACCCGCACAGCCUGGCGCCAGGCCAGCCAUACCUGCACCGACUAGCACCGCACAAGCAUCACCACCGCCUCCUCCUCCUCCCACGCGAACCCAGCAGCAAAAUGACACCGGACCUCCGCCUCCGCAGCCGGGAGCCGUUCCAACUCCUCCUGGAAGCACCAAGGUCCCCCCGCCUCCAAGGGUGGGAGAGAUAUACCAGCCUCCACAACCAACGCCUGCAUCUACGGCCAGCGUUCCAUUCCCAGCGCAGAUGUCGAUGCCGCCUCCGACAACCUCGUAUUCCACUCGGCUAGGCUCGGGUACAUCGACGAACACACCUCAGUUGGUUAGGCCUGUUCCGGUCAAUCUGGGAAGCACAUCGAGAAACGAUUAUUCUCACCCGCCGGGUUACCAACAAAGCGUUGCUUCGGAUAGCUUCAGGAAUUAUCAACCAAGCGGGCACAAUGCUUCGAUGGGGACUGCAGAACAGGGUAGUUUCAUGGACGAGGACGACGACGGCGUAUGGGACACAGCGAAGAGGUGGGCUCGGACCGCUGGGAAGAAUCUGGCAGCUGCAGAGAGCGAGGUAUGGCGAAAGUUGAACGACAAGUAGUGAUUCCGUAGUUGGUGCUUGGGCAUUAAGUUAGCCAAUGGUAAUCCACAAUAUCG